AGUAUGAAGUUCUAGGAGCGCUCGUGCUGACCGCCGUUACCGGAGAACUGUCAAUCAUUCGUUCGUUCCAACCGCCUGCCGGUAUGACGUCACGGGAGUUGCCGUUCUGACCGCGCUACCUGCCAAUCACUCCUUCACUGCGAGCGUGAGGAAGAUCUCUGCGCUCAUCUGCGCGUGAAUCCACUACUGUCCACAAUGCUGGAUACCGACGCUGCAUCAGGUGAGGAUAAAAACACUCCGCGUGCUUGAACGUUUUAGUAAUCCGGAGGGAAAUAAACUAGAAGUAUGGAUAAACGCGACAAGAAAGCGAAAACGGAUUCAGGGAAGUCUACGAAACGCACAAGGAAGCUGUUCCGGAGGAAAUCAUUCAAAUCAGUGGAAAGUUUGGUGAGUAAGAUCUUGAAAAGUUUGGGGAGCUUGGCUAACGGCGGAGAAACAACCGAGCGCUCGGAUGCUGAGGAGGAUGAUGGUGGGUUUGGAGAAAGCGCAACUUGCGCGGGAAACUCGGGACAUGUGAGAAAAGAGGACAGCAGUCAGGUGAGGAAAAGUUCCUCGCUUCCCUGCCCUUCCUCCGCGAAAGAGCGACUGUUCUCGCUGUACGGGGAUAAAACGCCAGGCGUGCUGGGUCUGAAGAACCACGGGAAUACCUGCUUCAUGAACGCCGUCCUGCAGUGCUUGAGCAACACGGACCUGCUCGCUGAGUAUCUGUGUCUGGAGCGAUAUAAACUGGAUCUGUGUCACAGGGCAAUGAACGGGUUUAUAAAGAAUGAGAACGGUCAGCAGGAGAAAGGAGAUGUUACGGAACGGCUCGCGACUUUGGUCCGAGCGCUUUGGACUUUUCAGUACACUCCUCAACUCUCGGCUGAGUUUAAGAUGACAGUAUCUAAAUAUGGUGCACAGUUCCGUGGAAAUUCCCAGCAUGACGCUCUUGAAUUCCUGCUCUGGCUUCUGGACCGCCUCCAUGAGGACGUCAACUCAUCUUCAACCCUCCCCAGUGGGAAUAACAGAAGCAAAUCAAGUGGCAAGGGUCAAGAAGGAGGUGAUGAAAAGCCUGUCUCUGAUACCCUGGCCCCACCACAGACACAGCCUGGUGUAUGUCACAGCUUUGUACAAGAGCACUUCCAGGCACAAUAUAAGUCAUCUCUGACAUGCCCGCAUUGUCUUAAGCAGAGCAACACGUUUGAUCCUUUUCUGUGCAUUUCCCUCCCUAUUCCUCUAAGACAGACAAGACCAGUGUGUGUGACUUUGGUGUUUAGCAGUAAAGGGCAGCGGUAUCUGAGAGUGGGGCUCGCUGUGCCUCUCUUUGGCUCUUUGGCAUGUCUGCGCCGGAUGCUGGCAGAUGAGGGCAAGAUCUCUCCUGAUCAGGUAAUAUUGGCAGAGAUCUACACAACAGGUUUCCAGCGCUCGUUCUUUGAUGACGAUGACUUGACCAGCAUAGCAGAGAGUGACAUCAUCUAUGCCUUCCAAGCUCCGCCCCUUUACAUCAGGGGUGGAUCUGCACGAAUCUCAGGGUUGCACCACAGUCUUCCGUCCUCUCCAUACACCUUGUCUGGGCCGGAGGGUCACAGACUGGCUGCGUCCGGAGCGCUGUCCUCCGAGUUCCUGAACCAGGCUGACGGGAUGGUGAAGAUCUUGUUGCUGGUGUGUAAUACAGCCGGAGCAGGACAGCAGGCAGUAAGAUUCGGCCCUCCAUUUCUGAUGAGAGAGGACAGGUCAGUGUCGUGGGACCAGCUACAGCAGAGCAUCCUCAGUAAACUCUACUAUCUAAUGAUCAAUGGAUCACAGGCACAUAAUUUCAGGGUGUUGUUCAAGAUUCGUGUUGUUGGGGGAUCUGCAGCUUAUAGCUACUUAAAUCCUCAAGAUGGACGGCCGCUUUAUCACCCUGCUGUGGACAGAGCUCUAAAGCUGUGUGGCUCAGGUGGACCACCGCAUGUGAAGCUCAUUGUUGAGUGGGAGCACAGAAUCAAAGACUGUCUGUUUGGUAACAUCCAAGAGGAGGUGGUGAAACACUCGGAAAGUGUUCGUGCUCAACAACAACACCACGUUCAACAGCAAAGCUGCACCCUGGAUGAGUGCUUUGAGCUCUACACCAAAGAAGAACAACUGGCCCCUGACGAUGCAUGGAAGUGUCCUCACUGUAAGCAGCUGCAGCAGGGCACGGUGCAGAUGAGCCUGUGGACUCUCCCAGACAUCCUCAUCCUUCACCUCAAGCGCUUCAGACAGGUGGGAGAGUGCCGUAACAAGCUCUCCACGCUGGUGCAGUUCCCCCUCACUGGGCUCGAUAUGGGCCGCCACAUGGUCAAGAGGAGCAACUGUGCCCGACCGCCACCCGGCUGGAAACAACAGGCCCAUCACCGGCCCGAAGCCAGCCGACACACGCUGACCUUCCUGUACGACCUGUACGCCAUGUGUAACCAUCAUGGAGGCAUGCAUGGAGGCCAUUACACAGCAUACUGCAGGAACUCAGUGGACGGUCAGUGGUAUGCCUACGAUGACAGCAGUGUUGAGCCGGUGCCUGAGGGGGAAGUGUGCACACGUGGUGCUUAUAUCCUCUUCUAUCAGAGACGAGAUGCCAUCCCAUCCUGGUCAGCUAGCUGCUCGCCGCAAGGUUCCUCCAGCUCCUCUACAUCAGACCACUGGCUCAUCCGACUGAAUGCAGACAACCGAAUUUCAAAUUCAACCAGCAAGCUGUCCAGUUCAUCUUCAGCACCUGAGCCCCAAACACAACACCUUCCUAUCGUCCAUGAGCCUCAAAAUGAAGACAACAAUGUAGUUGAGCCGACACCAUUUGCACGAAGUGUCCGGGGCCACAGUAUGAGUAUGCGCUACCACUCCAAAUCCAAGACGGGCCCAAGCAAAGUUCUUCCACUGCGCUGGUCAUUUGCUUCCAAGGACCGCAGAAAGCCCUCCAGCAUCGCUCCACAACCCGGAAACGGCGAGCUGGUGGAGUACCUUGAGUCCGGCCGGCGGCCUCGAUGCACCAAGGAGCCAAUAGUAAGUAUCGUGGCUAGUCCUUCACAGGUCAAAGCCCAGAUUCGUGAGGACGAUUCUCUGAGUUACCCAAGCUGUAGCAGUAGUGUGGAGCGAUGUAGCUAUCAAGGUCCAGAUUCCCCCAGACUGCCCGAAGGCCAGAGCAGACCAGCAGCGGAGCUCAACGGCAUCACAUCCGAUGGCUCGUUGGCCAAAAACAGUUCAAAAAGCAGGCAGGAGCACGAAAGGACUCAAGUCAGUAAGUCGCUUCAAGGUUCCCCUAGUGCACUUUCCAUUGGUACUGGCAACAGUGCAUCUUAUUCCAGAGACUCCACGUUAAAACGGCUACGAAACCAGCCGGCUGCGACUAACAGGACUCAUCCCAGCCAGACGCAGACGGCCACAGGGGAAAACAGGAGCAAAGACGGCGCCAUCAUCAGUACCACCCAAUUGCAGGAUGAGGUGGUUCACGGGAAAACGUUUUCCAGCAAGAGCUUGACCAAACUGUCACUAUCCAACGGGACUCUAAAUGGAAAGGGCAUUGAGGUGAGGAAAACCGGCACUGCUCACAAGAGCACCAGUAAUGCAGUUAACAGCAGAGAAAACCAGGUUUGUUCAAGCUCAGCUGAUAUAAAACACAGCUCAUCCAAUAUUCAGAGCAGGCUAGAUAUGACUUUGAAGAGGACGUUGUCUCUCCAAAGAAACGGUCCAUUGGUGCCGGCCCCCCAUAAAGGACCUGCGGUAGAUAAAUCCUCCUAUGCAACACUACAGAAAAUCAGAUACAGAAGCACUUCACUUGGCAGACAGAGACCUGUGCCCGAGUCCUGCUUCUGAUGGGUUUCAUCUUCACUGUGGGAAAUAGUGUUUGUACUGUAUAUAUGUUUUAUGCAUAAUAUUGCAUACUGUUGCUCUUUUCCAAAACCUAGUGUGCAUUGAAAAGCAUUUUAUGAACGUUUCCAACACAAAGCCUGGUCGAAAAGGCUUAAAACGCCUCGUUUUCACCAAAGGCAGCAGGUAGUCUUUAAAGAGGUUGCAGUUAUAUAAUGCAUUGCAGAAAAUUCAGUGAACAAAUC